AUGUGGAGCAGAUAUUUUGCCUUCUGUCUCUUGCUUUUGCCAAUUUUUAUGAGUCAAACAGUAUACGGACAAAGAAAGAAAGGAGCAAAGUCAAAUUUACUUGCAAGGAAAAAUGACCUCCAGGACUCUGUUUGCUUCAUAGAUGUGCUCUUCAUUGUGGACAGCUCUGAAAGUUCUAAACUUGUCCUCUUUGAUAAACAGAAAAAUUUUGUGGAUAGCUUGAGUGACAAGAUCUUCCAGUUGACCCCGGGUCACUCUUUGAAAUAUGACAUCAAACUGGCAGCCCUUCAGUUCAGCAGCUCAGUCCAGAUCGAUCCACCUUUCUCUUCUUGGAAGGACCUGCAGACGUUUAAGCAGAGGGUUAAGUCUAUGAAUUUCAUUGGACAAGGCACCUUCUCUUAUUAUGCCAUUUCCAAUGCCACUCGGCUACUUAAGAGAGAAGGACGUAAAGAUGGUGUGAAAGUGGUUUUGCUAAUGACUGAUGGCAUGGACCAUCCAAAGAAUCCAGAUGUUCAAAGUAUUUCUGAAAGUGCUAGAAAUGCAGGAAUAUCAUUUAUCACCAUUGGACUUCUCACUGUCAAUAAAACCAAACUUCAUUUGAUAUCUGGGGAUGCACCCAGUGAACCUAUUCUACUGUUGAGUGAUCCAACCAUUGUAGAUAAAAUUCGGGAUCGCCUGGAUAUUUUAUUUGAAAAGAAGUGUGAACGCAAGAUCUGUGAAUGUGAGAAGGGGGAUCCAGGCGAACCAGGGCCUCCUGGUAGACAUGGAAACCCAGGUAUUAAAGGUGAGCAAGGACCAAAAGGAAAUCCGGGUGAUGCUCAAAAAGGAGAAACUGGAGAAAGAGGUCCUGGGGGAAUUCCUGGAUACAAGGGUGACAAGGGUGAACCUGGAGAAUGUGGUAAACCAGGAAUAAAAGGUGACAAAGGAUCUCCAGGGCCAUCUGGACCACAAGGACCAAAAGGACUUCAGGGCUUUGGUGGACCUCCAGGAGAUCCAGGCCCAAAGGGAUUUCAGGGCAAUAAGGGUGAGCCAGGUCCUCCUGGCCCGUAUGGUCCUCCAGGAGCCCCUGGUAUUGGACAACAGGGUAUUAAGGGAGAAAGAGGUCAAGAAGGAAGAACAGGAGCUCCGGGACCCAUUGGAGUUGGUCAGCCAGGACAGCCGGGUCCCCGUGGUCCUGAGGGAGCACCAGGAGAGAGGGGCUUACCUGGAGAAGGAUUUCCAGGACCUAAGGGUGAAAAGGGUUCUGAAGGACCAAUUGGCCCACAAGGGUUACAAGGCCUGUCAAUCAAAGGGGACAAGGGAGAUUUGGGACCUGUGGGACCUCAAGGACCAAUGGGCAUCCCGGGCACUGGGAGUCAAGGAGAACAGGGAAUCCAAGGUCCUACUGGUCCCCCUGGUCCACAAGGACCCCCAGGACAAGGAUUACCUGGUUCUAAGGGAGAAGUAGGCCCCAUGGGACCUACAGGCCCUAGAGGACCAGUGGGGAUUGGAGCGCAAGGUCCAAAGGGGGAGCCAGGUUCAAAAGGUUCCCCGGGUCAACCAGGAGAACCAGGAGAAGAUGGAGCUGCAGGGAAGAAGGGAGAAGCCGGGCUUCCAGGAACAAGAGGCCCAGAAGGACCGCCUGGAAAAGGACAACCUGGCCCCAAGGGUGAUGAAGGAAAGAAAGGAAGCAAAGGAAAUCAAGGACAUAUGGGAUUUCCAGGACCUGCGGGGCCAAAGGGUGAACAGGGCAUUAUGGGCCCUUUUGGAAUGCCUGGACCAUCAAUUCCUGGACCACCUGGGCCAAAGGGAGAUAGAGGAGGUCCUGGGAUGCCUGGAUUUAAAGGAGAACCUGGACUUUUUAUUCGAGGACCAAAGGGUGCCCAAGGCCCUCAGGGACCCAAGGGUGCUCCAGGACUCAAAGGCGACGGCUAUCCUGGUGUGGCUGGACCUAGAGGAUUACCAGGACCCCCUGGACCAAUGGGUUUACGUGGAGUAGGAGACACUGGAGCAAAGGGAGAGCCUGGAGUUAGAGGCCCUCCAGGUCCUGUCGGGCCUCGGGGAAUAGGAACUCAAGGGCCAAAGGGUGAUAUUGGGCAGAAAGGUUUGCCUGGCCCCCCUGGUCCCCCUGGCUAUGGAUCACAAGGAAUUAAAGGAGAACAAGGACCUCAAGGUUUCCCAGGACCAAAGGGCACCAGGGGCCAAGGCCUCCCAGGUCAGAAGGGUGAGCAUGGAGAACAGGGUGAUGUGGGAAAGAAAGGUGAAAAGGGUGAACUUGGAGACCCAGGAUCUCCAGGAAAACAGGGAUUACAAGGACCAAAAGGAGAUGCAGGACUUACAAGAGAAGAUAUUAUUGARCUCAUUAUUAAAAUAUGUGGUUGUGGUCGCAAAUGCAAAGAGACUCCCCUGGAGUUGGUGUUUGUGAUUGACAGUUCAGAAAGUGUGGGGCUAAACAACUUCCGGAUCAUCCAAAAUUUUGUGAAGUCUCUGGCUGACCGCGUUGCUGUGGACCUCUCCACAGCCCGCAUAGGCAUAAUCAACUAUAGUCAUAAGGUGGAAAUAGUGGCUGAUUUGAGGCAGUUCUCCAGCAAGGAUGAUUUCAAGUUGGCUGUAGACAACAUGCAGUAUCUGGGAGAAGGUACCUAUACGGCCACUGCCCUGCAGGCUGCCAAUGACAUGUUCAAGAGUGCCAGGCCAGGCAUCAAGAAGGUGGCCUUGGUCAUCACAGAUGGACAGACAGACUCCCGAGAUAAAAAGAAUCUGACAGAAGUGGUGAAAGAAGCCAAAGACACUGGUGUGGAGAUAUUUGUGAUUGGGGUGGUGAAGAAAAGUGACCCCAACUUUGACAUGUUCCUUAAAGAAAUGAAUCUAAUUGCUACUGAUCCACAGCAUGUAUAUCACUUUGAUGACUUCUUGACCCUGCUAGACACCCUGAAGCAAAAGUUGUCUACAAAAAUUUGUGAGGAUUUUCCUUCCUAUUUAGCUAAAGUUUUUGGCUCCUCAUCAUCUCAACCUGAAUUUGUAGUGUUGGGGGAAGAACUUGGUGUAUCUACUCCAGAGCCCCCAGAAGAAAUUUCUGAGUCAUUCAGUGUCCCUGGACCCAAGCAUGAGGAGAAUGAGCCUCCAGAGCCGACGUGGGCUCAUAGAUUGGUUGUUACUUCCUCAUCUGAGGCUGCUGCCACUCUCGGGCCACUGCUCAGCACCCUUGAGAAUCCUAGAUGUUUGGAAGACUUGAAGCCUGGAAACUGUGUUGAUUAUGUGGUUCGAUGGUAUUAUGACAAACAGGUCAACUCGUGUGCCCGCUUUUGGUWUAGUGGCUGCAGUGGCUCAGGAAACAGAUUCAACAGUGAAAAGGAAUGCCAAGAAAUCUGCAUUCAAGGGUGAUUAAAAAUUUAAACACAGCAACUUUCAAAGUACAUGAAUGGAAUUUUUGAUUCGACGGGGAUGGAAUGAGAAGGCACUUGGCAGCCAAGAACUACUUGAAGCCCACAUCUACUUUUGAGCAGGAUAAUUUAAAGAUAGGACUCACACUGAAAAAUGAGCCAUCGAAUUGCAAUAUGAGUAAAUGGAGAGUUCAGUCUGUCAUUUUAUAAUAAUUUUGUGACAUCAAGUCUGGGAAGAGCAUUAGUUCUGAGCUGAGCUCAGACAGCAUUUGUACGUAUCAUCCGACAGCAUACUUUCUCCUUCUUUCAGACUGUGACUCUCAUUCAAGUUCAACAAUGCAGAAAAGAACUUUCAAGGAAGAAGGAAGUGGAAGAAUCGCCAUCUUAGCAAAAAUAAUAUUAUAAUUCUGGGAGGUAAUUAAAAUUGUAUUAUGUAAUAUUUGAUACUAUAAAAGAGUCCUUGUAAAUUUAAAAACAUAAUAGGAUGAACACCAGUGAACACAUCAUCACCUAGGAAAUGAACCAAACAUUACCCACUCUAUUGAMGUUUUUGAGUGCCAUCUGCCACCACAGCCCCCCAUUCUAUGCUAGGGACAUAUUUUGAACAUAUACAACUGUUGCUACUGGUUUUGUAGGUACUUUUACAUGUAAAACUAUAUGUAUCUCUAAGCCAUGUUCAGUCUUGAAUAUUUUAGAGCUUUGUAAAAGUGGCAGCAGACUUUAGUCUUCAGCAACUUCCAUUCAACUUUAUAAUUAAUCAUAUAUUUUUUCCAUAUAAAAUAUAAACUUAUUAUUUAGAUUUUUGAGCUUUAGGAAAUUGGUGUUCUAAAUGGAUGUGGUGGCAUAUACCUAURAUCCUAAUGACUCUGGAAGCUAAGACAGGAAGAUUGAAAGUGCAAGAAUGGCCUGGACAACUGAGUGAGACCCUGUCUCAAAAAUCAA